AUGUAAUUAUCUCCUUAAUCCAAAACUACAUUUCAAUCCUUAUUCAUUGAUAAAACUAAAGAUCAAAUUAGUAAUAUUCUUCAAUAUAAACUAUCCUAUGCAAAUUAAGCUAGAUAAAGGUUUAUAAAAAAUCAGAUCGACAGGCCUAACUCUUCUAUGAUUUAACAAACAAAUGAGAUUGAUUUCUCGCAGAACCAAUACGAAAAGUUUAGAAAGAUUUCAAUGAAUGAUUCUUAGCUUACAGUUGUAACGAUUCGCAAACCAUAAAAAAUUAUGCAUACUAUAGAACUCAGCCCUCAAAUUACUCCCAUAACUUCAUUUAAUUCCUAAAGAAAAUACAGAUAACCGCAAACGAGUGAAAAAUAGACUAAUCCAACAUUAAACAGUCCUGAAAAUGAAAAAUAAUUUUAUUUUAAGCAAAAAUAAUAUAGAAAUAAAUUGCAAUUAAAGAACAGUUAGAAUAAUAAUAUUAAGCUAAAUUAAUAUAUGAAGGAACAUUGUUCAAAUAGUAAAGGAAUUUAAGAAUUUGUUAAAUAUCAAGAUGAUUUGGAUGAAUUAUUUAGGGACAAGCUAUUUUAAUAGCAAAAAGAAUUACAAGAUAAAAUUGAAAACCUUAAGAUGUCGACUUCGAAGCCCGAUUAAUAAUUGUAACAAUCAGGACGCUUCUAAGAAUUGAGACUUUAAAAAACUAAAAAAAAACAAUAAUUAUGA